AUGGAUUCCCCACGUCGAAGUCGGAACCGUGCGGCAUGUCGGCGUUGCCAGAGACGUAAGAUUCGAUGCAAUGGUGACCGGCCCCAGUGCUCAGCAUGUAAGAAGGCGAAUGUGGCCUGUGUCAACGAUGAGAAACAACAAGUAAACCGCACUUACAUUGCAAACUUGCAAAGGCGAGUCGAAUGGCUUGAAUCAUUGGUUAAGGAACAGACCAAUGUAUCCUUAGAAGAUGGACCUCCUCUGAUCCUAGAUGAACUUUACCAAACACAACACCCCCAUAGAGAAUACAUCGAGCCAUCUCUCACAUUAUCACCAACGCAACAAGAUCAUUUAGCCAGGAUACCUGUCGAUUCUGACCCACCUGAGCAGCCAAGACAGGCGCAUGAAAUCGGGUUGGUAUCGCUAUCCGCUGGUGGUGAGCCGAGAUACAUCGGUCCUUCUAGUGGUUACUUUCUGGCGAAUCUCGUAUUUUCUAGCACUGGUCGACGAAAGAAGCCGCCAAGAGGUUACAAUACCAGGAAAGAGCCAUUGUCGCUAUCAAGUGAGCUCUUUGACAGCCCCACACCACUACCGACUCGCAAAGAAGAUACGAUCGAAUUGUCCGCCAAGUACUUCUCAUUCAUACACAUCAUGUACCCAUUCCUGCAUGAACCUUCCCAUAUGCAACGGGUAGAAAAUAUGUAUUCCACGGGAACCUUUGACCCGAUAGCCGCCUUUCACGUCAACAUGGUACUGGCUAUCGCGGCCUCGGAUCUUUCCCGACGUUUUCGUAUUCGACUUCCUGCCGAGGGCUACUAUACUGCAGCUACACAGUACUUUGAAGAAGCCUGUGUGGAAGGCUCUCUCGAUGGUAUUCAAAGUUUGCUCCUCCUCAUGGUCUAUGCGCUGCAUAAUCCUUCGUGCGGAGUGAACAUCUGGAGUCUCAACUAUCAAUGCCUGGGUGCGCUCAUUGAUUUAGGCCUUCAACGCGAUGUACGUACAUCUUCGGCAUUUCAAAUCUCAUUCUUACAGCAAGAGAUGAGGACUCGCAUUUUCUGGGUAGUUUACAAUUUCGAUCGCACGCUGGGUACCAUGAUGGGUCGACCGAUUGGGGUUCGUGAUGAAGCAUGCGAGCUACGACUCCCAUCAGAUGUUUCUGACCAAGAUCUCGGCCAGCUCGCGUCCCCGGAAAGCGCGCUGAAGACACCAUCUCAUAUGACGUUCUCCAUUCAUUUAUUCCGAUUAUCACGGAUCAACUCCGAGAUAAAAUACGUCAUGCAUAGUAUCUGCAGGGAUGCUCCUACAUACGCCUACCCUCCUGUUACCAACAUUCAUGAAUGGCAAGGAGAAAUGAUUGGUCGGCUUCAAGCAUGGCUAUCCGACAUCCCUCAGGUCCCUGGCAUGGAAUCAAUUGCCAAAAUCUGCGAGACAAAGUAUCACGAAAUGAUGAUCCUUCUCUUGCGGCCCAAUCCGGGCAUUCCAGAGCCCUCAGAAGACCUGCUUUCUCUUUGUUUCCAACACGCCGUGGAUCUCAUUCGCGGGUUCGGUGAGCUCUACAGGCAAGAAGCGCUCUUAUACAGUCGGCUUAUUGUUCACUCCAUCUUUCUGAGUACUAUUAUAAUGCUGCAUUGUCUUUGUAGGGUCCCACAAAUAUCUUCCCGGGUGCAGAUUGACGAUGUGGUCGCGGAUACAUGCAUCAGCUUGAACAUACUCAGCAGUAUCGGGGAAUACUGGACAGAAGCCAAGCGGGCAAGAGAUUGUAUUCAGGAGCUAUCAAAUGCUGUCAUUCAGCGCUUGAUCAGGAACCGUGGAUUGGAGACAUCGGCCAGCGCAAGAGAACAAGACACUGCUGCCGUACCUACGAGUGCUCGGAAUACUCGUGAUCAAAAUAUGAACGACACGUUAGAGGCCGUGGACACUGUGGAUUCGGCUGUCGAUCUUGCUCCAGCUAUGAGCUCACUGGAUGGUUAUGAUUACAAUUUCGAUUCAACGAGCUGGUUGGACGAUUCCACAUCUGGUGGGUUCAUGGAUUUUGCGGGUGUUCCAGAUUUCGAUAGCUUGAUGUGGCAGGUUUUCAACAACACGUAG